UUGAUUUUUUUUUUCUUAUUGGCAGCAUUACAAUUUAAAUUAAAACAAAAAGAUUAAGAAAAUAAAAAUAAAUAAAAAAAAAAACCUAAAAACCUCUUCCUCCUUCCUCUUCUCACCACCAUCAUCAUCAUCAUCAUCUCCGGGAACGAUUAGGAUCUGCGAAACCCCUUUUGAGCUCAGCUGGUUGGUUGAUCUGGUUUUCUUUGUUUAUGAGUUUCAUUUUGGAUUUGAAGAAUUGGGUAACUGGAAUUGGAUCAUCAUCAUCAUCGUCUUCGUCUUCUUCUUUAGCUGAUGAAUAAGAUUUUUCAUAACAAGAGAAGAAGAAAAGGGGAAGAACAUAAAGAGAUAUGCAGAGUAGUGGGAGUGGUUCUAGGAAUAGUAAUUUGCCAUCUUUGCGAGUGACUGUGCCUCAACAAUCUCUUCGGCGACUGGGAUUGUGUUCUCAGAUUGCUACAGCUGCUGGAGGCCAACACUCUUCCCCCAUUGUAUUCCCUGAGAAGCAGAAGCGUAGCAGGGUGAAGAGUUCGAGGCGGGGAGGUGAUGCCACUGCCCCUACCCCUACUGAUGAUCCUGAGAAACUUAAUACUUUUGAGCAUAGGAUUGACAUUGGUGGAGGACCAGGUGCUGGUGGUGGAGAUGAAAAGUCUAAUUUGUUGGGUUAUGAGGUCUUCUCUGGAAAGCUAAUUUUGGAUAAGAGAAAACCUGUUAAUGUUGAUGCAACUUCAUCUGAGGCACAAACACAAAGCUCCUCUAGCGAUAUAUCUAACCAAGAAGCUGUUAAUGCUAGGCUUACCAGCAAAGCUUUGAUAUGGGGUUCUCACAAGCUUGCUCUGGAAGAUGUUAUCUCGAUUUCAUACAAUGUGGGUCUGAGACAUUUUACUGUGCACUCUUACCCCUUUAAAAAAGGUGCUUGUGGCUUUUCUUGUUUUAUGAAACCUCGAAGAGCACGCAAGGACUUUCGCUUCUUGGCUUCUAGUGUUGAUGAGGCUGUUCAAUGGGUUGGAGGCUUUGCAGAUCAGCAGUGUUAUGUAAAGUGCUUGCCCCAUCCAUUGCUCUCUUCAAAAAAGCAAGCAUCUUCGGAAUUAAUUCCAAUUGACACUCCUACAGAGUUGAUUUUCAAAUGUAAGAGUCCACCAAAAAUGCUUGUCAUAUUAAACCCGCGAUCUGGACGUGGCCGGUCUAGUAAGGUUUUUCACAAGAUUGUCGAACCUAUAUUUAAGCUUGCAGGUUUCAAAUUGGAAGUAGUCAAAACAACAUCUGCAGGUCAUGCUAGAACACUUGCAUCCACCGUUGAUAUCAGCAGAUGUCCUGAUGGGAUCAUAUGCGUUGGGGGUGAUGGAAUCAUCAAUGAGGUUUUAAAUGGUUUACUCAGUAGAGACAAUCAGAAAGAAGGAAUUUCUAUACCAAUUGGAAUUAUACCCGCUGGCUCUGAUAAUUCACUUGUUUGGACUGUUCUUGGAGUUAGAGAUCCAAUUUCUGCUGCAAUGGCUAUUGUUAAGGGAGGGCUUACUGCCACUGAUGUUUUUGCUGUUGAGUGGAUUCAGACUGGUGUUAUUCACUUUGGGAUGACUGUCUCAUAUUAUGGCUUUGUCAGUGAUGUGUUGGAGCUAUCUGAAAAAUAUCAAAAGCGUUUUGGUCCUUUACGUUAUUUUGUGGCUGGGUUUCUCAAAUUUUUAUGCCUACCCAAGUACAGUUAUGAACUGGAAUUUCUUCCAGCAACAACAGAGGAUCAAGAAGGAAAAAUGUCAGCUGAACGGGAAGUAGUUGACAUGUCAGACCUGUACACAGACAUUAUGAGAAGGCCAAACACUGAUGGUAUUCCCCGAGCCUCUAGUCUAUCAAGUAUUGACUCUAUAAUGACUCCUAGUCGAAUAUCUGGAGACUUGGAUACAACCUGUAGCAGCACUCAUGCUAGUGCAGAACCAUCUGAGUAUGUUCGUGGCCUAGAUCCAAAAUCAAAACGGCUAUCAACUGGAAGGAGCAAUAUAAAUUCUGAGCCAGAAGUUAUUCAUCCUCAGAAUCCUCUGUCUACAACCCCUAACUGGCCAAGAACCAGGUCCAAGUCCAAGACUGAUAAAUCCUGGACUGGACUGACUGCUACCCAUGAUACAUCGAGGUGUUCUUGGGGCAAUGUUGCAACCCAUGAUAAAGAAGAUAUAUCAUCAACACUGUCUGACCCUGGUCCAAUUUGGGAUGCUGAACCAAAGUGGGACAGUGAAGCUACUUGGGAUGUGGAAAAUCCAAUUGAAUUGCCAGGGCCACCGGAAGAUGUAGAAGCAGGAACAAAGAAGGAAGUUAGUAUUUCCAGGUAUGACGAUAAGUGGGUUGUGAAAAAGGGCCAGUUUCUUGGCAUUUUAGUGUGCAACCAUGCCUGCAGAACAGUUCAGAGUUCUCAAGUUGUAGCACCAAAAGCGGAAUAUGAUGACAACACUCUGGAUAUGAUCUUAGUUCACGGGAGUGGGCGUUGGAGGCUGAUAAGAUUUUUUGUUCUACUACAGAUGGGCAAACACCUUUCACUUCCAUAUGUUGAAUAUGUAAAGGUAAAGUCAGUAAAGAUUAAGGCAUCUGGAAAGACCCACAACAGUUGCGGAAUUGAUGGUGAGCUUUUUCCACUCAAUGGACAAGUUGUAUCCUUGCUUCCUGAACAAUGCCGGCUUAUUGGCCGUUCCUUCAACCAUCAUGUAUGACAACCUCGAACUUCCCUUUUAUUUUGUGGUUCUUUAUUGGGUGCUGGGGACAGCUAAUGCUUCUUUUCUUUCCAUAUUAUGGAAUGGAAGCAUCAUCAUCACCAUCCAUAUACCAAAUAUAGAUUACCUUCUGCUUUACUGUUUCCUCAGCCCUCUGCCAUUACAACCUUUGAACAACUGAGAUCCCUGUAAAUUUUUGUUCGGUAUGUCUAUGUGUUGCUUGUUGUUUAUUGGUUUCCCUCUUUCCUAUUGUUUCUGGGGACUGAGUGUUUGUUAUCCAGUUCGAGUGCGAGCUGUUUUGUGUAAUUGGAAUUCUGGUACUCUUUGUUGUGAUGAUCUUCAUAUUGCUACAAACAGAGAUUUGUUUUGUAAAGUAAUUGGUUAUCAAUCAGUCCCGGUUUAUUUCUUCA